UUUGGUUUUCGUUAAUCUGGGAGACUCUUUAAAAGCACCUCAGUGCUCUCCCCAUAUCACCAUUGCAAUUUCUCACCAUCCACUAUCAAUCUUCUUCCUUCGCUUUCCCUGAUCUUUUACUGUCAAUUCAAAACACCGGCCAAGAUGCAGAAUGAAGAGGGUCAAAACAUGGAUCUUUACAUCCCCAGAAAAUGUUCUGCAACAAAUAGGCUAAUUACUGCAAAGGACCAUGCGUCUGUCCAGCUUAAUGUCGGGCAUUUGGAUGAUAGUGGUGUUUAUACCGGAACCUUCACCACCUUUGCUCUUUGUGGUUUCGUUCGUGCUCAGGGAGAUGCAGACAGCGCUGUAGAUAGGCUGUGGCAGAAGAAGAAAGUUGAAGCAAGACAACAGUAGAAAGAGAGUUUUAUGGGUUUCUUUGGAUCAAAAUUUUGCUUGAGGCAUAGAUGUUGCCAUGAAUCUUUUAUCAGUUGCUGUGAAAUGUGCAGCUAGUUUUCGUUUCGUUCCUUUGUUAACCCAUUGAAUUUCAAUUUUGCUUUCAGUUUUUAUGCACUUUGUUUUAGACUUAUCUAAAAAUAUGUUUGUGUAAGCUAAUAAAAGCUAAUAAUCUAAAAUUAGAAGUUUGAAGCAUU